CGUUCCGACUUUUAUAAUAAACGUUACAAAGUUCACUUUGCAUGUAAUGUAAUAGUGUAAUUGUGAGUUGGAAAUCAAAAUGUUUUUGAACUUAGUUCAAAAAGCUUUGUUAAGAAGUGAAAGAAAGGGUCUUGCCUUUUCUGUUUCUCGGCUGUUUAAUAGUAGGGCAUUUAUCCGGAGACAAUCUUCUCUGGCCGCCAUGGAAUUUUAUACGGACGAACAUAAACAAAUCCGAGAUUCUUUAAACAAGUUCAUUGAGAAAGAAAUAAACCCUUAUGUUGAUGAAUGGGAGAAGGCAGAGCUUUUCCCUGCUCAUGAGCUGUUCAAGAAACUUGGUGACCAAGGUUUUCUAGGAGUCAACAAACCUACCAAAUAUGGUGGACUUGGUCUUGAUUUCUCCUAUUCAAUGGCUGUGGCUGAAGAACUUGGAAGCAUCAACUGUGGUUCCAUUCCAAUGGCUAUUGGUGUACAAACUGACAUGAGUACUCCUGCUCUUGCCAAAUUUGGUAGUGAUAAACUGAAGGAAGAGUUCUUGGUUCCAACUAUAGCUGGAGACUAUGUGUCUUGUAUUGGGGUCAGCGAAGUGGGAGCUGGAUCAGAUGUUGCUAAUAUUCAAACAAAGGCUGUAGCAAAAGGAGAUGACCUUAUAAUCAAUGGUCACAAGAUGUGGAUAACAAAUGGUUGCCAAGCAGACUGGAUGUGUUUGUUAGCCAAUACAUCUGAUGGACCUUCUCACAAGAACAAGAGUCUCAUUUGUAUGCCAAUGAACUUACCAGGUGUUCAUGUGACCAAAAAGAUCAACAAAAUUGGAAUGAAGUCUUCAGAUACAGGUCAGAUCUUCAUGGAAGAUGUCAGGGUUCCCAAGCGCUACAUUAUUGGAGAGGAAGGCAAAGGAUUCUUGUAUCAGAUGUUACAAUUCCAAGAAGAGAGAAUGUGGGGUGCUGCAGGAAUGAUUAGGCCUCUGGAGAAAAUAAUUAAGCAAACUAUUGAGUAUACAGCUGGUCGGAAAAUCUUUGAUAAGUCUGUUCUUGACCACCAAGUGGUACACUUUAGACUUGCUGAGCUGGCGACAGAAAUGGAAUUUUACAAAGCACUCUUUCAUAAAUGUGUUGGUUUGUACAUAGCUGGAAAUGACGUUACCAAGUAUGCUUCAAUGUGCAAGCUAAAAGGAGGUCGUCUCGCUCGUGAGGUGUCUGACUCCUGCUUACAGUACUGGGGUGGCAUGGGCUUUACAGACGAGGUGUUUGUAAGCCGUUGCUAUAGAGACUUCCGCUUACUUUCCAUCGGAGCUGGCGCUGAUGAAGUGAUGCUGUCAAUCAUUUGUAAAUACAUGAAUAUCCUACCGAAGUCGAACUGAGCACUUAACCCCUGAUUUUCGUUGGUGUCUUGAGUUUGUGUUUGUGUGUCAGCUGCAGUGUUUGAGGGCUUACGUCUGUUUCUGUGUAUAUGUAUGUGUGUGAGUGUAGGUGGGUGUAUGGGGGUGAGAGAUAGUGUUAUGGAAAGAGUAGAAGAGAGAGAUAGAGAGAGAGAGAGAGAGAUGUAGUGUGUGUGGAUUGGGAAGACACACUAACAAGCAAACCGACGAAGUAUAUAUGAAUGGAUGUGUUAGAGACAUGUAUUAAACUAACAGAAAGGGAGAGAGAGAGAUGGUAAAUGUUUGAGAGAGUAUCUAUAUGUGGUGUAGAAUUAGUCAUGUGUAUUUGGAAGUGUAAGGCGAAUUGACUUCUGUGUGCAUGUGCGUGCGUGUAAAUAUGUGUGUGUGUGUAUGUGUGUGUGGGCAUAUGUUUGUGCGCAUGUGUGUGGGCGUAUGUGUGUGGAUGAUGCGUGAGCGCGCGCGCGCGUAGUAGCGAAAGAGAAUUAGAAAGACAAUAUAAAAGGAAUGUGUGUGUUUGUGUGAGCGUGUGUUUGUGUAUGUUGUGAAAAAGAAGUUGAAAGGACAAUAGAAAAGGAACAAGAGGGAGAGAGUGAGAGAGAGAGAGAGAGAGAGAGAGAGAGAGAGAG